AAUUUUUAGCUGUGAUACUUUUCAGGCUAAAUAACCCCAUUAGAUCUAAACAAUGUAUAUAUUCUCGAGAAUUAUUGAUUCAUUUCGAAUGCCCAUAUUGUGAAAUCAUCACGAAAUCAUGAUUUGAUCUUCGGAAUUCCAUUCUCUCUUCGAGGCUUUCCCCAAAUGACGUCAGAUUGAAAUAUGGCUGCUGCUCUAAAAAAUAACUUUCAACAGUUUCUGCACUUUAGGUGUCAUGCUGGAAUGGCCCUUUCAAGCAGGAUGCUAAAUACAGGUGUGAGGCCUAUCACCAAGGUGCUGAUUGCAAACAGAGGGGAGAUAGCAUGCAGGGUAAUGAAGACUGCCAGAAAACUUGGGAUCCAAACAGUAGCAGUGUACAGUGAUGCUGAUGCUCAGAGUAUGCAUGUUGCAAUGGCAGAUGAGGCGUACCAUAUAGGCCCCGCCCCCUCCCAACAGAGCUACCUCCAACAAGAUAGGAUUAUUCAGGUUGCCAAAUCAGCAGGAGCACAGGCUAUUCACCCAGGCUAUGGGUUCCUCUCUGAGAACACAGAAUUUGCUGAACUAUGUGGGGACCAGGGAUUAAUAUUUAUUGGACCACCAGCAAGUGCUAUCAGAGACAUGGGGAUAAAAAGCACAUCUAAAUUCAUUAUGUCUGCAGCUAAAGUGCCAAUCAUAGAGGGUUACCAUGGUGAAGACCAAUCAGAAGAAACAUUGAGAAAAGAGGCGGAGAAAAUAGGGUACCCUGUCAUGAUAAAGGCAGUCAGAGGGGGAGGUGGAAAGGGGAUGAGAAUCUGCAUGACAAAAGAAGAGUUUGACAGUCAGCUGGAAAGUGCCAAGAGAGAAGCUAUGAAGUCAUUUGGAGAUGACAUUGUUCUCAUUGAGAAAUUUGUUGAAACACCAAGACAUGUUGAAGUUCAAGUGUUUGGAGACCAACAUGGUAACUAUGUGUACCUAUUUGAGAGAGACUGUAGUGUACAGAGAAGGCACCAGAAGAUAAUAGAAGAGGCCCCUGCACCUGGAAUAUCUGAGGAAACGAGGAAGAAAAUUGGAGAAGCUGCAGUAAGGGCUGCUGAAGCUGUCAACUAUGUGGGUGCAGGCACUGUCGAGUUCAUCAUGGACAAACAUGAAAACUUCUUUUUUAUGGAAAUGAACACCAGACUUCAGGUUGAACAUCCAGUCACUGAAAUGAUCACCAACACAGAUUUAGUGGAAUGGCAAUUAAAGGUUGCAGCUGGAGAGAAAUUACCCAUGAUGCAGAAAGAUUUGAAGCUGAUUGGCCAUGCCUUUGAGGCUCGUAUUUAUGCUGAAGAUCCAGACAAUGAUUUUAUGCCAGGGGCAGGACCCCUAGAGCAUCUAUCAACUCCUGAGGCUAAUAUAAACACACGAAUAGAGACAGGCGUGAGAGAAGGAGACCAGGUGUCUGUACAUUAUGAUCCUAUGAUUGCCAAACUGGUCGUGUGGGCUGAAGAUAGACAGGCAGCUCUUCAAAGAACAACAUCAGCUCUCAAAGACUACAAUAUUGUGGGAUUAAACACAAAUAUAAAAUUUCUAGAUGACUUAGCGUCCCAUCCACAAUUUGUUGCUGGUAAUGUACACACAGGGUUCAUAGACCAGUACUAUUCAGAAUUGUUCCCUGUAAGGACGGUGUCACACAGGGCCAUGUGCCAGGCUGCCCAAGCGUUACUCAUAUAUGAAGAUGAGGAAACAGUUUCACGAAGCAUUAAUUCAAAUGAUCCAUAUUCCCCAUUUGGUAUGCUCAGUGGUCUAAGAUUGAACAACCCACCCAAGAAAAUCAUAUCAAUCAAGGAUGGAGAUAAAGAUGUCUCCAUUGCUGUGACUAACCAAGAAGAUGGGAGUUAUGCCAUGACAAUAGAUGGCAGCACAUAUUCAGUAUCUGGAAAUGUCGGGACUAUAGGCAAUAAAACGGUUUUAUCAUCAACCAUUGAUGGGGUCAUGACAAAAUGUAAUGUAGUGGUCAAGGGAGAGUCCAUUCACAUCUUUACAGUGGAUGGGCAUCAUGAAUUUAUACAGCCUUCCCCCAAGUUCCUAUCAUCCAGUGGUCCAGGGUCAGUUGACAAGGGUCUUCAAGCCCCAAUGCCAGGCACCAUAGAGAAGGUAUCUGUUCAAGAGGGUGACACUGUCUCUACUGGGGACCCACUUGUGGUGAUGUUAGCCAUGAAAGUUGAGGGAGAUACCGUCUCUACUGGGGACCCCCUUGUGGUGAUGUUAGCCAUGAAAGUUGAGUAUGUCAUCAGGGCACCAAAAGAUGGAGUGAUAAAGCGUGUGAUGUUUAACGUUGGGGAAACUGUAGGAAAAGGCGUACAACUGGUCCAAUAUGAAGAGGCCCCUGAGGCAGAGAACUGAACAAUACCAUGACAUCUAUAUUAC